UAGAUCAAUAUUGUUCUUUUCAUUAAUAACAUGCGAUUCCCGAUAACCUUCGCUCUAUUAUUGAUUAUAUUGGGGGUUGUCAUUGCACAUCCAAAUCUUGAAGCGCAUAGGAACCGUUGUUGUGGUCCUUGGACAGGAGGUGGUGGCGGAGGCGGAGGUGGUGGUUGGGGAGGAGGUGGUGGCGGCGGAGGUGGUGGAAAGUAAGCAAGAUACUUGUAUCUCGUAUGCUACUGGAGAAUUGUAAUUGGAAUUUUUAUUGAUUGAUUGCAUGAAAAAGAUCAUGUAAAUAACAUACUUGUGUAUCCAUAUACAUAUACAUAUAUAAUGGAUUCGUAAACUGAUGAAACAAUUUUAAUUUUUCUAAAUUAGUAUUUUCUUUUACAAUAUUUCAAUUUAAAGCGCAUAGUAAUAUGUAUUUCUGUUUAUAUGUUUGUAAAUAAGUUAAUAAAUGCCUUCUACG